AUGAAGGGAGUGCUCUCUCACAUUCUUCUUCACAUUACUGUGUUAAUUCUGCUUCUUUUUCUAUUUAUGAACAUGUCUCAAAGCUCUCCUAUCAGUGCUGCAAAAUACUCCUUUUCACCAUUGAUGCCUUUCACUAAUAAUUCUUUGCCUAAGUUAUCAGGCCUAUGUUCAUUGAAUUUCUCAGCUGCUCAAGAUAUAAUGACCAAAACUGCGACCGAUUGCUGGACUUCCUUUGCUCCCUAUUUGGCAAAUGUUGUAUGUUGUCCUCAACUUGAUGCCAUGUUGAUAACCCUAAUAGGCCAGUCAAGUAAAUACUCAGGACAGUUAGCUUUGAACAAAACUCAUGCUAACCACUGCCUCUCAGAUAUGCACAAGCUUUUGGUUAGUCAAGGAGCAAAUGAAAACCUAAACACCAUUUGCUCAGUUCAUCCAUCAAAUCUCACAGAAGGCUUGUGUCCCGUUGCAUCUGUCGACGAAUUUGAGAGCAUCGCAGACACUUCUAGACUUUUAACUGCUUGUAGAAAAAUUGAUCCUGUAAGUGAGUGUUGCAAUCAAGUCUGCCAAAACGCAAUAGAUUACGCUGCUAGGAAAAUCGCGUUGAAUGAUAUGUCUAAUUCAAAUGGAAACCGUAGCUUGCCUCCCAAGAUAGCUCGGAUCAAUGAUUGUAAGAAUAUCAUCCUACGUUGGCUGGCCGGAAAACUCAGUCCAUCCACUUCAAAUAGUGUUUUUAGAGGACUUUCAAAUUGCAACCUAAACAAAGUCUGCCCGUUGGUUUUUCCGAAUGUCACAAGAAUUGCGAAAGAAUGUGGAAAUAUGAUAAGAAAUCAAACGACUUGCUGCAAAGCUACUAAAAGUUAUGUGUCCCGUUUGCAACAACAAAGCUUUGUGACCAAUCUUCAAGCCUUAAAAUGUGCUGUAUCACUUGGAAAGAAGUUGCAGAAAGAAAAUGUCUCCGAAAAUGUCUAUGAUCUUUGCCACGUAAGCUUGAAAGAUUUUUCUCUUCAAGUUGGAUCACAAGAAUCUGGAUGCCUUUUGCUGAGUUUGCCUUCGGAUGCAGUGUUCGAUAGAACUUCAGGGAUUGGAUUCAUUUGCGACCUUAAUGACAACAUUGUUGCUCCAUGGCCUACGACAUCUUACGCGCUACAAUCUUCAUGCAAUAGAACUACAAAACUUCCAUCACUUCCUACAGCAACAUCUUCUCAAAAUGGUCUUUUCAUUAACAUCUUAGUCUUGCCUCCACUCUUCACCUCAAUUCUACUUCUCAGGAAGCUUCUUUAG